AAAUUAUGGAAGUGCUAUUUUAAUAGUGAAAUAUUGAAUAGAGGACUGACUAGGGGGAUCCGUUGCUUAGAAAUUUAAAGAGAAAGUGAGGCAGAAAUCAUCCACUAGUUUGUGUUGUUGAUGAGUAUUCACGCACACAUUUAGUUCCUGAAGAUCAUAACCUCUUUUAGUGUCAUCAACAGGUGAAGUCCACCUCCAACUAUAAGCUGCAAAAAAUGACUAAAGAUAUCGAAGCAUCUCCCUUGGCAGCCUCUUUUGAUUACGAGCUUUACGAAGGAGAUCCCGAUCAUCUUAGAACCGUUGUUGCUGCACCUACCCCAGCUGGUCCUUAUAUUGAUCCUGCUUCAAUCAAACUUAAACAUAGGAUCGGGCGUGGAUACUUUGGUGAUGUUUGGUCAGCGACACAUCAUCAGUCAGCUACCGAUUACGAUGAGAAUCAUGAAGUAGCUAUAAAGAUGUUACAUCCUUUAAGUGAGGAUCAAACAAAGGCCUUCUCAAGUAAGUUUGAGGAGUUAUGGGUGAAUUUGAAGUCUAAACAAAUCCAAGGUGUUUGCUGGUUGCAUGGUAUAUCUGUAAUAUCCGGAAAGAUUUGUAUAGCGAUGAGAUCCUACGAGGAGUCAGUUGGUGAUAAAAUGGCUCGGCUGAAAGGAGGAAAGCUUCAAUUACCUGAUGUUCUUAGAUAUGGUAUUGAAUUGGCUAAAGUAAUACAAGAGUUGCAUUCGAUGAAUGUCCUGGUUCUGAACCUUAAGCCAACUAAUUUUCUUCUGAAUGAACAUGAUGAAGUGUUCCUCGGAGACUUUGGGAUACCGUAUCUUCUUCUUGGAGUUCAACCACCUGAUUCGGAUCUAGCAUUAAGGCUUGGAACUCCGAAUUAUAUGGCUCCGGAACAGUGGGAACCUGAGGUUAGAGGCCCAAUAACUUGUGAGACUGAUGCUUGGGGAUUUGGAUGCAGCAUUAUCGAGAUGAUGACUGGUGUUCAGCCUUGGUUUGGUAAAUCGGUCCAAGAUAUGUAUCGUUCGGUGGUGAUAAACCAAGAAAAGCCACGAGUUCCGGGUGGCCUCCCAACUGCCAUUGAGAAUGUUCUCAAUGGCUGUCUUGAGUAUGAUCUCCGCAAUCGACCUCUGAUGGUGGACAUUUUGCAAGCAUUUGAAAGCUCGAAGAAUGAUGUUUAUAGUGAAGGAGAGUGGAGCAACAUAGGAGGGACUUUGUCUGACAAAAGCAAAACCCGUGGCUUUACCACAUGGUACCUUUCAAAAGAUCUUCUUCAAGUAGGAGAUACUAUUCGCUCGAGAAAAACGUUCAACUCCGGGAAUCAAGAUUCGGCUGUGUUGGAAGGAACUGUUGUUGGUCUGGAAAAAGAUACUGAUCGAGAUGGAUUUGUUCUGGUACGAUUCCCCAGUUUACCGAGCCCUCUGAGGGUAAAUGCAUCAACCAUAGAGAGGGUUACAUGUGGUUUGGCAGCUGGCGAUUGGGUGCAGUUAGUCAAUGGAACUACGAAGCACGCCUCUGUGGGCAUCCUACACUCCGUGCAGCGUGACGGAAGUAUGACUGUUGGUUUUUUAGGGUUAGAAACUUUAUGGACGGGGCAUUCUUCGGAAGUCGAAAAAGUGGUCCCGUUUUUUGUGGGACAAUUCGUGCAAUUUAAAUCAAAUGUCGAAACUCCCCGGUUUGAAUGGCCUAUGAAACGAGGAGGAGGAUGGGCUACCGGGAGAAUAUCACAGAUACUUCCAAACGGUUGUCUUAUUGUUCAGUUUCCGGGAAGGAUGGUGUUUGGCGACGAACCUAAUACGUUCUUGGCUGAUCCGGAUGAGGUGAUCCAAGUGUCGUUUGAUACGUGUCCUGGCAUUAUCGAAAAGUAUCAGCACCUCGAAGAUUUUCACUGGUCUAUUCGGCCACUUUCUAUUGCAUUUAGCCUAUUUACAGCAGUAAAGCUCGGCGUAUCUGUAGGAAAAUGCAUUAAUGCUAAACUGAAGAAGGAACCGAAGAAUCACCAGACGUCUAUUGACAGUCGUGCUCAAGAGGGCGAGGUUGGUGGCAAGUCGGCAUGGCUUCCGCCAAAUGUUGCAAAUAUCCUGUUUCAAGAAGGUGCUGCUACUGCUAGAUAAUCUGUACUUAUUAUUGGUAGAAUAUGUGUAAAUUCGUGUUGGAUUUUCGAAGUACAGUAGCGCUAAACUUUGUAUUAUAUCGCGCUAAACUUUGUAUGAUGUGUGAAUUUGUGAUAUGUACAUGUUUUGUAAAUGCAAGCUCUGCAAAUAUAUAGAAUGCUAGUCAGAUGAACUUGUUAGCAACUAAUGCAAGUCUCUAAUGUAAUUAAAAGGGAAACAAGGUAGCCAAGUUUAUAUUGUAGUACAAUAUUACUAUCACAGUUUCACUUGAA